AUGGAGGAGGCUUGUUAUAGGAAAUUAAUACUCGGAGGAAUACAGCUAGGAGAUGAGGAGAUUGCGAAUGCGAGAGCUCCUUCCCGUGGAGAUCAAGUUCCUCCCCUUGAAGAGGUUGUUGUUGAUGAUAAAGCUCCGACUAAUACUCCACCUAUGACGGAGGCCGAGAUGAAGGCUAUUCUUACUCAAAUGGACCAAUCCAUCACUAAUCAAGACCAAGCCACAACAGUUCAAGCCCAAGCUAUGACGGCCCAAGCCAAUCAGGAGGUUGCACCUAGGGUUCAUCAACAAGUUUCUACUAUGGCUUCCCGACUUAGGGACUUUACUCGGAUGAAUCCUCCUACCUUUUAUGGGUCUAAGGUUGAUGAAGACCUGCAAGAGUUUAUUGAUGAGGUAUACAAGAUACUUUAUGCUAUGGGAGUGUCUACAAGUGAGAAGGCCGAGAUGGUGAAGGAGGCUAAAGCUAAGAGGAAGGAUAGGGAUACAAAGAGGGCAAGGUCCUUUGAGGGUGGAGCUGCAAAGAAUAGGCUUGAGAUUCAAGACAAUACUAGAUUUAAGAAUAGAUUCUCAAAUCAAGUUCCAUCCGAAUUUCCUAAGUCUAGGGAUGAAAAGUCCCCUAGGCCGAAAGUCCAAAAGGGGAAGAUUGAGAGUCCGUCUAUUGAUAAACCAUCUUGCAAUGAAUGUGGAAAGAAGAAUUUUUGUGCUUGCCUCCUUUUGUCCGACAAAUGCUUUGGUUGUGGGAAGGUCGGGCACAUGGUGAGAGAUUGUCCUAAUGCUAAGAAGCAAGAGUAG